AACUUCCGCCCGCGAAACCCUGACUACCGCCCUCGCUUCCGCCCGCCUCUGCUCCCUUCGCCACCAUGGGUCCGCCCGGCUUCGUUUCCAGGCCUUUCAGUUCCCCCUCUCGGCUCCUUCCUCACCGCCGCUCGCCAUGCCCGGUUCUUCGGUGCCCCGGCGCGGCCCGGCCGCCGCCGCCUCGCCCCCGCCCCAAGUCUCGGUCUUCCCUUCGCCGCAGGAGCUGGGCUCGGCCCUGGCCCAGCUGGUGGCCCAGCGGGAGGCCGAGUCCGGCGGGCCUGGUGGGCGUUUCUCGCUGGGGCUGUCCGGGGGCAGCCUGGUGCGGAUCCUGGCCCAGGAGCUGCCCGCCGUGGCCGCCGCCCCUUCCCGCUGGCUCCUGGCUUUCGUGGACGAGCGCCGGGUCCCGCUCAACGACCCGGAGAGCAACUACGGCGCCUACAAGACUUUUCUCCUUCCUAAAUUUGCUGUACCCGAGGACCAAAUUGUUGUAAUCAAUCCUUCACUGCCAGUGGAAGAGGCAGCUGCAGAUUAUGCUACAAAGCUGAAAGAGGCCUUCCAGGGAGAAGACAUGCCUGUGUUUGACCUCUUAAUCUUGGGAGUCGGGCCUGAUGGGCAUACUUGCUCCCUUUUUCCGGAUCAUCCCCUCUUACAGGAGCGGGAGAAGAUUGUGGCAGCAAUUAGCAAUUCCCCAAAGCCCCCUCCGGAGCGGAUCACGCUGACCCUGCCGGUGCUGAAUGCAGCAAGGAGCGUGGUGUUUGUUGCCACUGGAGACAGUAAGGCGGCUGUGAUAAAGCGUAUAUUGGAAGGUGAUGAAGAAAACCCAUUGCCGGCUGCCCUUGUCCAGCCUCAUACCGGGAAGCUCUAUUGGUUUUUGGAUGAGCCAGCUGCGAAGGAGUUGACGAUCCCUUUCGAGAAGCACUCCAUCUUGUAGAAGGUCUUGUCCAGCAACCUUUUGGGUUGAAGGGGAGAUCCACCAUGUGCGGGUUGUGAGGAGAGCCCAGCCCGUUAACAUUCCAGGUCACAGUCUCCACGUCUGGUUGUAGCGCUCAGGAGCGGCACGAUAAACUAACACUGUCUUUCUCUCUCUCUCUUCUCCCUCUCCUUCUGCCUUUUCUUUUUUUAAAAGAAGUGGUACAUUUGUGGAGCACUGUGUAAUGAAUAGGAUUAUUUCUUUAGCUGGAGCAAAGUGUGAAAUGGGAACGCUUGGGUCAAACUGCUUGUUGUAAACAGAGUCGCAGGCAACGACAUUACAGUCUUUUAUCAUGUGAACGGUCUAAUGUGGUGUCAAGUGAAUGCACAAUUAAAGACAUAAAUUAAAGCCACCCUGUGCUGGCACAAUGUG